ACUAUACCUCCCUCCCUCCCAUCUCUCCCUCCCUCUUCGUAUCAAACACUCUCAUGUAAGCGUUAGCGCCUUAAAGAUAAUUAGAACCAAGAAGCGAUGGCUCUUUCGCUGUCGAAGAACCUCAAGUCCUUCGUCAACACGGCCCUCCUCCUCCUCGUCUGCUUCUUCUUCACCUCCCAAAUCCGCACCCCGACCACCCCGCUUCAAAGCCCGAUGAAAGCCCAUCUGAUCCCCUCCCGGCCCUUAUCAUCUUGCUCCCCGCUCCAAACCCUACCCGACCCAAAAUCCAAAUGCCUCUACCUCAAAUCCCACUCCCCUUGCAUCUCCCAAGGCUACAUCAACUACCUCCACCUCUUCUACUGCACCCUCCCUCACCUCCCCUCCCUCUCCUACUCCCUCUUCCUCCUCUCCCUCCUCGCCCUCUUCUACCUCCUCGCCGACACCGUCUCCCGCUACUUCUGCUCCUCCAUCGAAAACCUCUCCCGCCUCCUCAAGCCUCUCACCCCGCCCACAUAUCGGGCCGGCGUCACGCCUCCUCUCCCUCGCAACGGCUCCCGCGACGUCUUGUCGCCUGCGAUCGUCUCGUUCCGCUCCGGCGCCGGCGGAGGUCGGCCUCAGCAGCGUCCUCGAGGCGCCUUCUUCGUCUCCCUGCGUCGUCGUGGCGUAAAUCAACGUCGGCCGUCUGCCUGUCUUCGUCGGCCAACUCUUCUCCUCCCACCGUCCGCGUCGACCCGGUGCGAGCUUCGUGCGCGAACGUCCUGCUUCUUCAUCGUCGUCCUGUCUUCGCCUUCUGGGCGAUCCUCGUCGUCGGGCAGGGUCAACGUCUACGGCGCCCUGUGCUUCACUUCGCUGUACUUCGUGUACGUGUCCAUCGUCUCCGCCACGCAUUUCUGUCGGGAAAAGCACGAAGAAGAGCUCGUCGCUCCGAUUUUGAUCGACGACGAGGAGCUCAACGAUCCCGUGUCCGUCGACAAAGAAUCUUCGUCGUCACCAGAGCCCGAGCCGGAUCCAGAGCCCGAGCCAGAGCCGGGAGCAUCAGGCGUCACCAGAGUAAAAGCGUGUUUAUUCUACUACAUCAACUGGUGCCUGUACGUCAUUGAUCUGCCGUUGUACUUGCCACGUCGGCUAACGAUCCCCGACGUCUCGGAAGGCCGCUGGUCGAGGUCGUACGCCGUCGCCGCCGCGACAUUAUCGCCGAUUUUCCUCGCAACGCUCUGGAAUUCGAAAAGAGGAGGAGUGAGCACGAAAGAAGGGUUAACGAUUUAUCUAUACGCUGCGUUGCUCGGGUUGGUGCUGGGCUUAAUCGCAAUUAACACGACGAUUAAAUCUAGCCCACCUAAAAAUUUCUUGUUCCCUUGGCUCUCUGGUGGGUUUCUAAUGAGCGUGCUUUGGACUUACAUCAUUGCUGAAGAAUUAGUGGGCUUGCUAGUUUCGCUGGGCUACAUUUUUGGCAUCAAUCCUGCGAUUUUGGGGUUGACGAUUCUCGCGUGGGGGAAUUCCGUCGGGGAUAUGAUCGCCAACGUAGCGAUGGCGACGAAUGGGGGCCGAAAUGGAGCCCAGAUUGCUAUAAGUGGGUGUUACGCUGGCCCGAUAUUUAAUACCUUAGCUGGGCUUGGGCUUUCGCUUGUGGUUUCGUCUUGGGCUGUGCACCCGGACCCGUUUGUGAUUCCUGUAAGCCCGGCGAUGUUUGAGAUCGUGGGUUUCAUGAUUGGUGGGCUUUUGUGGGCUCUUGUUGUUUUGCCGAGGAAAGAGAUGAAGUUGGAUAGGGUUUUAGGAGUUGGGUUGUUGGCUAUUUAUUUGUGUUUCUUGUCUUUGAGGCUGUCACAGAGUCUAGGGCUUCUGUGAACCUUUUUUUUUUUCAUUUCUUUUUCCUUUUUCCUUGAUUUUGUUUGUUAGAAGAUACUAUGAGGGAAUUUUUAUGGUCUCCCUUGAGUAUGUAUAAAUAAGUAGUUUAUUGCUCAA